GCUCCCACAGAUGGGAGAAACUUUGCCUUCUUGCCACUGAUACAGGAAAUUAAGGAAAAGAAGAAAUUCAAGGUGGUCAACAUCGGCUGGCCCGGAGUCCAUCCAGAGACCGAGAAGGACAAGCGAGAAAUCGAGAAGCUCCUGGCGGCCAAUGACAUGAUCCCAGUGUGGCCACCGAGAAAGGAAUUCGAGGACUUCUUGGUAUUCUGCCGCGAUCUUCUUUGGCCCGUGGGGCAGCCAUUGGCGAGAAGUGGCAGCCAGUGGGAUUGA